AUGAUGACUGACGAUCUAAUCUGGAAUCUUCUCGGACACAAAGUUCAAAUCGAUUUGGAUACAGGAGAUUCGAGAAGAAAAGAAACAACAAUCGGACAUUUGAUGACUCGUGACCCCGUUAGUCAUUCAUUGGUGAUUGCUAAAAUGAGAGAUGAAAAUAACAUAGAGACAAUUGAAUGGAUUCCGAGUUGCUCUGUCAUAUCAAUCAAACCGUUUGAGUCGGAAGAAGGGAGUGGAAGUUCCGAUAAUGGAGUGAAUGCGGUGUUCGAUAAAUUCUUUGGAGGAGAAUCAGAAGAAAGUAAUGAAGAGCCAGAAGAAGAUAUUCAGAAAAGAGCUCUCAAAGUUGUCAACUACUUGAAAUCACACCAUCUUGACGUUGUUGAAAAGCCCAAAGGAACAUUUAUUAUCGGUCAAUGUGCCCGUUUCGAGCGACCGUAUCACAUCACGAAUAUAUAUUGUGAUCAACCGAUAGUACUGAAACGUAUCACGAAACUCCUUCAGUCCAUCGAUUGA